CUCCGUGGUUUCGGGAAGGAUCGACUUGCACGGCUCUCGAGGGAAGCGUACACGCGAGAACGAGAGAAUCAAAUCCGAUCUCUCUCCUGCCACGCACGUCGUAGCGGCGUCCACACGUGUGGAGUGCAGCGGGAGACGUUGCCGUCACUCGUGCGAGCUCCGCCUCUGCAACUCUUGUUGCCGCGAUUGUGGAGGAAAAGGAUCAGAAGGUGCUGCUACGCCGAAGAGGGGAAGCUAAGGCGGAGGGAGGGAGGGAGGAGAGGGGGAUGGCUUCCUGCUUCCAGGUUGGGAAAUUGGGUCUCUGGCCGUCCGCCGGCCGGAAACCUUCGCUCCUCUGCUCCGACGUCGGCCACCUGGCGAGCGGCAGGAGGUUCCCCACCAGGCUUCACGUUCGUUGCCGCCUGAAGAAUGGAGACGACGAGCCCAAAGGCGAGGAGCCUCCUGAGUCGUUGUUCAUGAAGGAACUGAGGAGAAGGGGCAUGAGUCCGACGUCGCUGCUUGAAGAAGACGGUAGAACGUCUUACGGAGCGAUCGAGGACGAGGAUACGAUGAAGGAGAAGAGAGGAGAUUUCUCGAGAAGAAGCGCGGUUUCGACGGAUUACGAGAAAAGCUUGACGGAGCAACGGCAGCGGUCGAUGGCUUUAAACAGUGAAGGCCUGGAGGGUUUGAUUCCAAGAGCAAAGUUAUUGCUGACAAUUGGCGGGACAUUUUUUGUUGGGUUUGGGCCAUUGAUUCUUGUCACAGUAGCCUCCUUUUCAGCAUUGUACCUUUACUUCGGGGCAAGUUUUGUACAUGACGCAAGUAAAGUGCCCAUAACACCACCAACCUAUAUUGAUCCAUAUAAGCUGUUGGAAGAUGAAAGGCUAUCUCGACCAGCACCUGGCAUAAAUUGAACGGUAACGAAGCACCAUAGUUCUGAAAAAAAAAUUGUCGAAUACAUUUGCUGGCAUUUGUACUAUUCUUCACUCUUGUAAAUGUUCAAUAAACUCUUUCCUGUUUAUUCACCAUUGAAUUUAUCAAAGCUACAAGUAAUCUUCAUGACA